UUAACACUGUUUAAGCCAAACGACCGCAAGUCCAUCACCGGUCGCAAUGUAGGGCUGGUAUUGUUCACUGGUGUGGACAGUGGUCUCGUGCACAUCCAUAACCCUAAUGGUGUCGACGUCAACGCCCUGGUAGUCACUGACCAACACGUGGCUUACGAUCCCAUACCCGGGGGCUGUUCACUGGAGUUUCCGUUAAAAGUAUCACCAUUUCUACGGCUAUACGAAAACCAGUAUUUCAAUCGAUUGGAGUAUCAAUACGCGAGUAUCGGCUCAGCUAAAGAUUUAAAGCAUGUCAGCUGCGAGAAAAGUCAAUCAGACAUAGAGUACAAUAUUUACGGCUAUUUUCUACGUGAGGGAGACUAUACGGAAAAGGAGUACUUCCGGGCCAUUACUUUGAUGAGUAACGUAUCGGAUAUUAGCAACCAGAGUAGCAAGUUGAUGAACACAACGGCAUUACGAAAAUAUUUAUACGCCUAUACGGGUCGGCCCGUAGUCUACAACAUAAUCGCAACUUCACACCAAUUUAGCUCAGCAUACGUGCCCAUUGUUACGUACGAUUGUGGCAAUGAUAGCAUUGAACACUGCGGUAAACAUGAAAUGCUAUUCUUUGGACUCAUCGACGGCUCAUUCAUCGCAUACUUACUGCUCAUUAAAUACACUGAACUCAACCAGUCAUCCAUCAGGAUAUAUACCAGUGCCACGGGUACUAUACUGGCACUG